AGCUACAACCUUGUGGCAAUAACGUUUGUGCCGCGUUGCAAGUAACAAUAUACUGUAUACAAUAUUGCUGCUGCUAAGAGGAAUAUCAAAGUUUACUGCACAAAAAUACCGUAAUCCAAGUAGCCAGUCGCUAACCGACAAAGCCGACAAAAGCAACACGCAACUGACAGCGUGCAACAAAUCAAUCAGCGAGACAAUCAGAAAAUCAGACAAUCGGUGCGUGGAAGAGGCAAGCCUAGCCAAGCCAAGUUCAGUGGCUCGAUACGCCUUUCAAUUCGCCAUCCGCAAUUCGUCACAUUUGUUCCGGCGUUUAUCCGGCUAUCAAGUUGCGGCUGUCAACGUCGCUUUUGUUUCUAUUUUUGUUGCUAUUGUUGUAGUCAUCAUCAUGUUGCUGCAUUCGAACGGUGUUAGUUUGCUUUCGCUUUUCAUCAUCAUUGUCUUGUUGUUUGCGCUCUCCGGCGGAUAUCCUUCCAAGGAGAAAUUAAAGAUACGCAUACAUGUGCCCGUGAAGCAUCACACACACGUACACACGAAAACCGUCAUAAAGAAAGUGCCGCUGCCAAUACCGGUGCCGGUAAAAGAACAUGAACCCGUCAAAGAGCAUCAUCACCAUCAUUACGAGAAGGAGGCGGAGGAGGAAUUUGAAGGUUAUGAUUAUCCAAAGAAAAAGCGACAAGUGCAGCAUCCCUUCGUUUGAAGUGUGGCAAAACACAAAGUAAAGGUAGACGAGGAGGAGAUUAGACUGCAGCUGGCAGGAGUAGUACAUUGAAGAUAGCAUUUGGGAGAAAUAUAGACAGCGAAAAGGCAAGGUUCAAAUGUGGUACACAAAUAAGCAUCGAAUUCCAAAACAAAUAACUUACGCUCACUCAUAUGCUGAAUUUUUUAUAUACACUGGCAUUCUAUAUUACAUAAAUCGAAAUUGUAAAUGUUCGCACAUCCUUCGGACUGUCUGCCACAGCACACACUCACACACACACACACAGAGCACAUAAAUAGAAUGUAAGGAAAAUGUUUGUAUUAAUCUGCGGAUAAUGUGCGCAGAUUUAUUUAGUCGUGAUAAGGUUUAAAUUAUAGUUUAAACAGACGCAGACGAGGCGAGCGUGCAAAGAACGCAAAAAGGAUAACCAAAGCGGCGGUGCAUGAGGUGAGACGUCGGGUGCUGAGCUGAAAUGGCAAGCGCGCGUAGAUUUAUCUUCAUAUCCGUUGGAAUUUCGCUCGGAUAGACAUCUAUGUAAUAUAUAAUUUGCACACGUACUCUCACACACACACACACACACACACACACACACACACAGAAAAUAGUUAUUAUUCUUUUAGCAUAUAACUUAGCUUGUAGUCUCGUAUUAUCGCAAAACAGCUUGUAAGUAUGUAUGUGCAUAUUAAAAAAUGUAUCGCUCUCUAUAUGAGAGUGUGUGUGUGCUGCUCUGUUGUUGCAAAUGGUAUUUCUGUUGUUUAGAUUGAAAAAGCGAGAUUAAAUUAAUUUUCCUUGGGUUCAA